AUGGGGGUUGCUGAAAGGCCAGCCUUGUCUUGGGAUGUCUCCAGAACAGCUGUUGCUAACCUUCCAGCCAAAGGACUGGAAAGCCUUAAAGAACUAAUGGCCAAAAACACAUGGACUUUAAAGAAAUUGCCAGCUCUAAAGAUAUUUCUUCACCUAAUGAGAGCUGACCUAUCAUAUCCAAGUCACUGCUGUGCUUUCAAGAGCUGGAAAAAAAACAGUGGAAUCCUGGAGUACCUGACUUGUAACCAGAGCGAGAGUCACAGCUUUCGUAAGAGAAGAUCAGUCAAAUCUUUCAGAGGUCCAUUUUACAAAGAUUAUGCAGAAGAAUACACAGACCACACCGAUACUGUGUAUGACAAAAACACCAAGUUCACAAAUUUUCAUGAAAAUUCCCAUUAUUACAUUUUUUUGGAAGAGCACGGAGAAGGAAAUCUUGGGUUUGGCCAAGAGCUCAAGAACCCUCAAAUGGAAGGCUUCCAGACCUUUGACAGUCAUUACGACUAUCCUGUCUGCGGAGGCAAUGAAGAAGUUAUAUGCACUCCAGAACCUGAUGAGUUUAAUCCCUGUGAAGAUAUAAUGGGGUAUCAGUUUCUGAGGAUUGUGGUGUGGUUUGUGAACCUGCUGGCCAUCCUAGGUAACAUUUUCGUCCUUUUCAUCCUUCUCACCAGCCAUUAUAAACUGACUGUACCACGCUUUCUGAUGUGUAACUUGGCCUUUGCUGAUUUUUGCAUGGGGUUGUACCUCCUCCUGAUCGCUUCAGUGGAUCUCUACACCAGGUCAGAGUACUAUAACCAUGCUAUAGAAUGGCAGACUGGGCCUGGUUGCAACGCAGCUGGCUUUUUCACAGUCUUUGCUAGUGAACUUUCUGUAUACACACUGACUGUGAUCACCCUGGAGCGCUGGUACGCCAUCACUUUUGCCAUGCGCCCAGAUCGAAAGAUUCGUCUCCGGCAUGCCUUGGUUAUCAUGCUGGGAGGGUGGCUCUCGUGCUUUCUUCUUGCCCUUUUGCCACUGGUUGGCGUCAGCAGCUAUAGCAAAGUCAGCAUCUGCUUGCCUAUGGACACUGAAACACCUGUGGCUGAAGCCUACGUUGUCUUCGUUUUAAUAUGUAACAUUAUUGCUUUUGUCAUCAUUUGUGCCUGUUACAUAAAAAUCUAUGUAACUGUGCGAAACCCUCAGUACAAGUCAGGGGACAAAGACACCAAAAUUGCCAAGCGGAUGGCUGUGUUGAUUUUCACUGACUUUCUGUGCAUGGCUCCCAUCUCUUUCCAUGCUUUAUCUGCCAUUAUGAACAAACCAUUGAUAACUGUCACCAAUUCCAAGAUUUUGCUGGUACUCUUCUACCCGCUCAAUUCUUGUGCCAACCCCUUUCUUUAUGCUAUUUUCACCAAAGCUUUCCGAAGAGAUGUGUUUAUUCUGCUAAGCAAGUUUGGUAUAUGUGAGCAUCAGGCUCAAGUCUACAGAGGUCAGACAAUCUCAGCCAAAAACAGCAGUGGCUCUUAUGGGCAGAGAAUCAGCCGAGGGAUAGGUCAGAUUCUUACAAGCAUUCAAGACCCAGGCAAUGAUUACCUUCCUGCCGUGACAAUGCAGAACCAAAUUCUCAUGGAAGAAUGCAAGCAAACUGAGCUGUAA